CCAUCCUGACUUGCGGGGAUUGGACUAGAGAACGCAAAACGGCAAUCCCAACGACCAUGUGGACCGGGACACUAAGUCUUGGAGAAUAGGGAGUACCGCUUAUUGACAUCUUGUUCUACAGCUUGUGUAGAUAUCGGCUGCCGCAUGAACCGGACUCUAUAGACGUUAGAACGUCGGAUUUACAUGAUCAUGGACAUUUUAUUGGAGGAACAUCUUGUCGAGCAAAGCUAUUGGCGCAUUGGCGUGUACGAAUACUGGAAAAUUUAAGCUCUGUGAUGAUAUACGUUUUGCCACCUUUCAAACCUUUCCGUUCAACAUUUAUAGGCCACAAAAUCCGGUCUCCCUCGCUGUCGCUCAUCGAAUUAAAGGAACAUUCGGCGCCCGAUAAAGAACCUGCGGGGAUUUUUCGGAAAUACACACGCUCACCUGGUCGUUUCGGGCCGUCGGUGUGAGCAUUAUAAAGAGAAACACUCAUGAUCACUGCAAUUACUCACUCCACAACCAUGGCUCCGUCUGCUCUCAAGGUUUCUGGUACCAAGAUCGUCGAUGAAAAUGGACACGAAGUCAUUUUGAGAGGUGCUGGACUUGGUGGUUGGAUGAACAUGGAAAACUUCAUCUCAGGAUACCCCGGCUGUGAAUAUCAAAUACGCGAAGCACUAGCAGAAUCAAUUGGAGAAGAGAAAUCCGAAUUUUUCUUCGAUAAAUUCCUCGAAUACUUCUUCCAAGACGAGGAUGCCAAGUUCUAUUCAAGCCUUGGCCUCAACUGUAUCCGUAUCGCGUUCAAUUAUCGGCAUUUUGAAGAUGACCUGAACCCACGCGUACUCAAGGAAUCUGGCUUCAAACAUCUCGACCGCGUUAUCGACUUGUGCGCCCAGAACGGCAUUUACACCAUUCUAGAUCUUCACGCCUUACCUGGAGGCCAGAACACUGACUGGCACAGUGACCACGGUGGCCACAUUGCAAAUUUCUGGAGACAUAAAGAUUUCCAGGACCGUGCAGUGUGGCUUUGGGAAAAGCUUGCUGCACAUUACAAAGGCAACAAAUGGAUUGCAGGUUAUAACCCUCUUAAUGAACCCACCGACCCAUUCCAAACGCGCGUUGUCGACUUUUACACUCGUAUUCACAACGCUAUCCGUGACAUCGACCCCGAACAUAUCAUUUUCUUCGACGGUAACACGUUCGCCUCUGACUUUUCUCAUUUUGGGGAUGCGCAUAAAAAUUGGAGCAACACCGCUUAUUCCAUCCAUGACUAUUCGUUAUUUGGUUUCCCCCGUAUGGAGGAGUACGAAGGGACUGAGACUCAAAAGAGGAGAUUGAGGAGGUCGUAUGAGAAGAAGAGGGAGUGGAUGGACGAGCGAGGUCUUUGUGUCUGGAAUGGGGAGUGGGGACCUGUGUAUGCGAGACCGCAGUAUGAGGGACCUGAUACUGACAGAAUCAAUGAGAUCCGGUAUCGAGUCCUAAAGGAUCAACUAGAGAUUUACAACCAGGACCGACUGAGCUGGUCAAUCUGGCUUUACAAAGAUAUCGGGUUCCAAGGAAUGGUCUACGUCUCCCCUGAGACGCCUUAUAUGAAACUCUUCUCAAAAUUCCUCGCCAAGAAGCAACGUCUGGCAGUAGACGCCUGGGGUGCCGACGAUACUGCCGUCGAAAAUGUGUAUCAGCCGCUUAUCGACCACAUCAGGCAGGAGAUUCCGGAAAAAUACCAUGCGCUUUACCCUUCCCCUAUCUGGAAGUUGGAAGGAAGGGUGGGGAGGCUGGCGAGGAGUAUGCUGGUGGCCGAGUUUUUGGUCAACGAGUGGGCUGAUCAUUUCGUGGGGAAGGAGAAGGAAGAAAUUGACGAAAUUGCGAAGAGCUUUGCGUUUGCAAGCUGCAUGAAAAGAGAAGGGUUGAAUAAGAUCUUGACGGAGAAUGCGAGGAUGGUCCAGCUUAACGGUGUAAACGGCGUGAACCAUAACUAG